AUGUCGCUGCCGCCCCAGGCCUCGUUCAGCUCUGGCACGACUGCAGUCGCCAGUCGUGGAGCGGCCUACCCUUCUGUGGAGGAAUUCGCCUCCUUCCAGCUGCCGACCAAGCCGAGAAUCAUCAAGACUCUCACUAGCGACGACGUCUCAGACCUUUCUCAUGAGCCGUACGAUGCGCCUCGCCCUGAGACGAAUCCCACGACGCCUAUUCCUCCCUCUCCCAUGUCUUCUAAAGAGUCGGACAGGGUCAUCAACCUCGAUCACACUCCGCCUACCGUUCGCGGUCAAAGCAUGAUUUUGCGCCGUCAUCUGCUCAGUGGUAAAGCCAAAUCUCCUCGCUGGCCCUUCCAGAACGCAACUCCCCGCACCUCGACCAUGGUACCCAUUGUCCGAAGCUUCACUGCUACUUCCAGCCGAUUCGACUGCCCUUCUAGAGACGACUACAAUCCAGCAGUCGAGAUCAGCGUCACCGAGUCGCUGGAUGAGUUCCAGAUCAAUCACCCGAAUAGCCGACUUCUUGCGUCUCACCCUCAAGGCCUCUCUGUUCACGAGACUGGACGCAACUUGGCCAAUAUUCCCACCCUAGUCGAGAAGUCUGAGAAAGAUGCCCAAUCGAGCAAGGCGAUCCCUUCCAAAUACCGACAGAGACCCUUUAGACUCUUCCACCACCGUCGCUGCAGCUCUCAGCUACUCAAUAUUCAGAUCCUCCGCCACCGCCAGGAGCAGCGAAAGGAGGACUUCGAGACAGACACCACCUGGUACGAGCGCAUCAGUCUUGAUGACAAGAUCUAUGUAGGGUCCGCCGUUCUCACCCUCUUCUUCAUUACCAACGCUAUUGUCUCCAUCACUGUCGUCAUCACUAUGACAGCUUCCCAGAUGAGCAUCCCUUACUUUGUCGUCGUUUGGGUCAUGGUCAGCAUUAUCGUCAUGAUCUUCACUGUCGUUAUGAUCCUUCGCAUGCGCUCUUUCCGCAAGAAGGCUACCGCUCUCAUUGACGAUGAGAGGCGAGUCCGCUCGACCACCUUCCCCAAGCUCUCUCAUGAGGGCCAUCUACACCUGCCCGCCGAUGCUGCAGAGAUUGCCCAUCGCCGCCAGAUUGCAGCCGCGCUUGCGAAUGGGCAAUUUAACGCAGCUAACUCGACCCAAGAGUCUGAGAAGAGUUCCGAUGGAACCGUCGUCGACCAGGUCACCCAGCCGCCUGCCGUAUUCGACCCUUUCGCCCCGGCUAUGCCCCGCGACACGAGCAGCAUCUACCUCUCAGCCAGCGGCACCUCGCCCCAGGGAAUUCAGGAUCCCAACGACACUGCCUGGCAGAAUGUUGACCUUGCGGCGGCCGGAAACUCCCGCACUAGCUCUAUGACUGCCGUGGUCCCGUCGGCUCCU